AUGUAAGUAAUGAGAGUCUAAAGUUGGAACGUUCGUUGUCCAGGGGACUCUGUCUGUGUGCUCACCCUAAAAAUACAAGCAUAUUAUUAGGUUGAUGCUGGGUAUGAGACGUCCAGAAUACACUGGUCAUUCCUGUCGGUCGCUGCUUUCAACAGCAAAUUCUCGAGACCUUUCUUUUGUUGUCUUGUUGGUCAGUUUGGAUUGAGCAAACAAAAAGUUGAGGAGCUUCUGCAACAGGGAAGGUGUAAGUCACGAGACGGAGUAGGCGCCUGUUGCUUAAGAAAUUCCCGGCAUGGGUUGGCUGCCUUCGUCGGAUGACUCUUGCAAGUCGAUGAACAAUUCUACGGACUUCAACCAGACCUCUCCCACCGUGGGAGAGUUCCUGGCAACUAGCAUGGCUCCAACUGGGUUGCAGUUGGAUUUCUUCCUUUCGGCAUUGGAUUCCAGCCAAUUAAUAGUGGGCGAUGGCUCCCAGCUAAGGGUGGAUCAGAAUAGCUCACAGGAUAACCAGCACCUCUUCUUGACCACUUCAGCAGUGAAGGUCAUCUCUGGCCUCUUUGUGUGGGCUGCUCUGUUCAUCACUUGCCACCAGAUCUUCUUGCACCUGAAAAACUACACCAUUCCCAACGAGCAACGCUACAUCAUCCGCAUCCUGUUCAUCGUCCCCAUCUAUGCCUUCGACUCCUGGCUCAGCCUCUUACUGAUCGGCAGCCACCAAUAUUAUGUUUACUUUGACUCCGUGCGCGACUGCUACGAAGCAUUUGUGAUCUACAGCUUCUUAAGCCUUUGCUUUGAGUAUCUCGGCGGGGAGAGCACCAUCAUGGCCGAGAUCCGAGGGAAGCCCAUUGUGUCAAGUUGCCUCUAUGGAACAUGCUGUCUGCAGGGCAUGUCCUAUUCCAUCGGGUUCCUCAGAUUUUGCAAGCAGGCGACGCUGCAGUUCUGUAUCGUGAAGCCCCUUAUGGCCACCAUUACCAUCAUCCUGCAAGCUUUUGGGAAAUAUAAUGACGGCGACUUCAACAUCCAUAGCGGCUACCUCUACAUCACCAUCAUCUACAACUUCUCCGUCAGCCUGGCCCUCUACGCCCUCUUCCUCUUCUACUUUGCCACCACGGAGCUCUUGCGCCCCUUUGAACCAGUCCUUAAGUUUCUCACCAUCAAGGCUGUCAUCUUCCUCUCCUUCUGGCAAGGGAUGCUGCUGGCAAUCCUGGAGAAAUGUGGCGUGAUCCCGGAGGUUCAGAUCAUUGAUGGGAAGGCAGUGGGAGCCGGGACAGUAGCUGCCGGCUACCAGAACUUCAUCAUCUGCAUCGAAAUGCUCUUCGCUUCCAUUGCUCUUCGAUACGCUUUUACCUGCCAGGUGUAUAGGGAGAAAAACGAAAGUGCAACAGCAAACCUCGCCCCAAUGCAGAGCAUCUCCAGUGGGCUGAAGGAAACCAUGAGUCCUCAGGACAUCGUCCAAGACGCCAUACACAACUUCUCCCCGGCAUACCAGCAUUACACACAACAGUCCAUGCAGGAGGCUGGCGAGCCUGGACAGAACGGGCACGUGGAACCCAAAGCGGAUGGCCAACAUGGCAAGAGAAGCAAAAACAUUGAGAAGCGGGUGUUGAUCAUCUCUGAUGAUGAGCUAUAAGAUGCACCUUGAGGGAGGAGGAACUGUGUCACUGGGUUGUUUUUUUUUAAGGAAAACCUCCUUGCCUCCCUCCAGCUUGGCAGUUGCACAUAGAAAUGGACCACAUUGGGUGGACUUGCUGAUGGAGAAGCCGAGCUGUCCUCCGCUUGUUCUGUCAGUCAACUCUUGCCUCAAGAAGGAUCAAGUCCUUGGAGGCUGGUUUCUCAAGGCCUUGGUCUUAAAGCUACAUCCGCCACAGGAACCAUUUCCUCCUGCUUUGGGUAUGUUCGGCGAGAGCAAAGAUGGCCGCUUUUCUGGAGAGUACUGAGAGGUACGAGACUGGUUUUAGAACUUCUCCAGCUCUGGGCAUCAUUUCGUGAUAAGGCUCAGCUCCUCUUAGCCCAAAUGAGGGGAGUGGAGAUGGAGAACCUCUGUUGCUUUGUGGGAACAGGGGGGGAAAGCAAGCAGGAGAGUGGACCAGAUGUAUAGUUCUUCAGGACAUAAUCCUAUGUAUGCUGGGUGGGCAAUGCUGGAAGUUGUAGGACUCCCCCACCCCCAUUUAAACAUGCAUAAGAUUGCAUCCUAAUUGAAUUAAAACAAUGGUCCCAAUCCAGCCAGCGUCAUGAUUCAGUUCUGUUGAAAGUACUGAAACUAUCAGCAGCCCCAUUGUUUUCAAUGGAACUUUAUGCCUGUUUUUGGAUCUGUCCCAGUAGAUUGGGAAUUAAUAGGUAGGAAUCGUACGGUGUAGCAUUAAAACGGAGAGCUUUCUUGGUAAGGGUGAAACCAAUUUGCUGCGAAUCAGAAACUUUGGACCUGUUUCUGGGGCUCACAGAAAAUUGUUUCCCAGAGUGGAAAGCCAAAACGGUUUGCCCACAUGGUAGAAAUAAAGGCCUCUGAAGGACGUAUGUCGAUCUCUCUGCUACUUCGAAAACUUCCUUGUGCUGGUUUGGCUCCCAGUUAACACUGUGGCAAUUCCACGCAUACCGCUUAACAUCAGAACCUGUGCCUCUUCCCCUGCUCUGAGACAAAUCGUCAUUUUGCGAUACAGGCCGUAGCAGUGUUGUCGUACAUGUCUAUGCAACUUGCCCCAGACAUUGAAGGGGCUGUGUGGCCCCAUGCAAUGCUAUGUUGUGCACAUAGGAUGGAGGCUAAAUGCCCCAUCAUGGCUACAGAGUAGGCAAAUGUGUGAAUUGCCCUGAUUUCAACCAGAUACUCUUGUGACACAGAAGGGCCUGCUCUGGCGCCACUGGAACAGUGUGGGAGCUCCUGCAGCCUGACUCCUUCCCACACCACAGGGUGGCAGCACCAAACUCCCUGUUUCAUGUAGGAGGGAGUCUAUAUAAUUCGGGUUCUUUCUAUGCACACUUUUGUUUCCUUCAACCACUCGAGUUAGAAUGGGGCCUUCUUUCACAACAAUAAUUGGGCUUUCUACUGGAUGCUGAGGCUUGCUGAAAAGGGUCUUCAUCUGCUUGGAGCAGCACAACUUUUCUGUGGUGAGAUAAAUGUAUGUAAUACUUUCUGCUUUAGAUGCUCUGUUGUUUUACUGAGAGGAGGCGACAGCUGGGAGUAUAAAAAGUGUGAACUUCUAAAAUUCAAAUUUUAAAUUAUUUAUAUAAAA